AUGAUGCGUCAGAGUUGCUUCAGGUGGGUAAAAAAAGUAGAUGUAUGUGUGAUUGGGGGUGGGCCCACCGGUGUUGCGACGGCCUUGCGGGCGGUGGACUAUAAUAAAAAGGCAUGUAUUGUCGAGGCAAACCGAAUUGGAGGAGCGGAUCUUUGGAAUGGUGCGUUACAGUCCAAGACAUUAUGGGAAAUGGCUAAAUUCGUCCGAUUAAUGACUGGGCAAACGGCACAUCGGUUUAUGCGUCCCCUUAAGCCUCUUCCUCCUAUUGACGCCUCAAAUAUACAGGAGUCCAUAAAAAAUGCAGCUGAGUUUCGAUAUAAUCAAAUACUUCAUCAACUAAAGAUUGUUGACAUUGACGUUAUUAAAGGCUACGGCGCGUUUGUUUCCCCUCAAUGUGUAGAAGUUCAACUUCCCUCUGGAGAAACAGAGAGGGUGGAGGCGGAUUAUUUUGUUAUUGCCUGUGGAGCUCAACCACGGAAACAUGCUUCUGUGAUUGCAGAUGGUCAAGUUGUUUUUACCUCAGAUGAUAUCAUGCGAAAAGGUUUUCCAAAGAGUAUUGUUAUUAUUGGUGCGGGUGUGAUUGGUUGUGAGUUUGCAUCUAUAUUUGCUAACUUUGGCAUGACAAAAGUGAAUGUAAUUGAAAAAAGCAAUCGUAUUCUACCCAUGGAAGAUGAUGAUGUGGCAAGGUUUGUCCAAAAUCUACUUGAAAGUAAAGGAGUGAAUAUUCAUCAUCAUUCAGCUUUAGAGAGUAAUAAGGUGGAGGACGGAAAAUUUCAUUACACAUUGAGGAACGUAAUAGACAAAUCAUUGACGACCCACAUUGUGGACAGUGCUUUGGUUUCUAUUGGAAGGGAACCCCAUUUAACUGGAUUGGGUUUGGAAAGAAUUGGAGUGGAGCUUAAGCGAGGUAAACUUGAGAGAGAUCAAUUUAAUCGUGUAGCACCUUAUAAGCACAUUUAUGCCUGUGGAGAUGUAGCUACAAGGGUUGCCCUUGUGAAUGUUGGGGAGCUAGAAGGACGCACAUGCAUUGACCACAUAUAUGUUCCUUAUCCUGAAGGUGAAUUUGUUCAACAAUUGGAUAAUUUAUCGACCAUUAUGUUUUUGGAUCAAGAAGUUGCUGCCGUUGGAUUGAACGAGCAGCAAUGUCGAAAACAAAAUAUAGCCUAUAAAAUGGCUCGAUAUGGGUACGAAUUUGUGGCAAGAGCUGUGGCUAUGGGAAAUAUUAGGGGAUUUGUCAAGUUAAUUGUUACAAAUGACCUCGAGAUGAAGGUUCUUGGAGUGCGAGCUAUUGGACCUCAUGCAAGUAGUGUUAUCGAGUUAGCUUCAUUAGCAAUUCAUAAUAAGGAAGCAGUUCACAAUUUAAGUGAACUUCGCACUGCAUAUCCAGCCGUUACACAGGGAUUCCAAGAAUGUGUAAAUAUGCUCCUUGGGACGUCCAUCUUAAAACCGAAUGUAUUUCCACAACUAGUUGUUGAAGAGUGGUCUCCUCCCAACUUUGCUCAUGGUAGGGCAUAUCAGGAUAAGAAGAUGUAA